AUGCUGCAAUACUCCUCAGCGUUCGACAAUGAGGUGCAGGAGGUGCCUGACGUCGACCCGGUAGAGGUGGCUGAGGAGGUGCCUGAAGGACCCACUGAGGCCUCGUUUAACCCGAUUUCUGACGCAGAGGCCCCACAGGCAUUAGAGGGGGCACCUGCUGCUCCCCAGAAUGAGGCAGGAAGGCCCCCGACCUCAGAGCCUGGGCCCUACUACUACUUUUACCAGGCGGAUGAUGGGCAACAGAUGUUCCUGCACCCGGUGAAUGUGCGCUGUCUGCUGAGGGAGUACGGCAGCCUGGAGGCCAGCCCCCCUGCCAUCACCGCCACUGUAGUAGAGGUGGAGGGACACGCAGUCACCGAGGUUAUCCGUUCUGGUCUUGGGGGUCCCAUCAGAUGA